AUGUCGAAAUACCUAGUUGUAUUUGCUCAGGCGCACCAAGAAUUUCGUGUCCCAGAGCUCGAGUCGGUUGCUCAGCUAUACAACUUCAAAAUAUCAUUGUCAGAUGAACCAGAGGAGCGCGAUCCUAGUCGUCCAUUCAUGAUCAUCGAGCUGGAAUCAGAAAAUCAUGUACGGCUACUGGCUAGAAGAUGCAUUCUUAUAAAGUCGAUAUACGAAUUUUACGGUAGAGGGUCUACAUACGAGGAGUUACACCUCCGCAAUCGUGCAAAACGACACAUGUGGGAGCGUUAUAUUCCUGAAACUUCCUUCAAAUUCAUCGUCGCCGCCUACAACCACAAGAUCCCACAACAUCGUCAGAAAGAGGUUGUGGAGAGUUUUGCUUACAUGGGCUUCAUGGGGAAAAUCGACAUGAAAACCCCUGAGAUUACAUUGGGUUGCUUUGAGGAAUAUGCCACUCGUAACGGACACACUCGAGAGCGACACGAAGGAGAUGGCGAUUUUCUUCAAGUGUACUUCGGUAGGUUGAUAGAGGAAGGUACUGCUCGUCCGUUGGUCCAGCUUUUUGAUGUGAAGAAACGGUCGUACUUUGGGAACACGAGCAUGGAAGCAGAGAUAUCUCUGCUUAUGGCUAACCAGACACUAGCAUGCUCAGGAAAGUUGAUCUAUGACCCGUUCAUGGGUACUGGAAGCAUGGCUUAUCCUGUGGCAUAUUUUGGAGCGCAAGUGAUGGGUUCGGACAUUGACGGUCGACAAAUGAGAGGAAGACAAACUACACCAGGUGUCUUCCGUGCAGCCUCCCAGUAUGGCGUAGCAUCACGUAUCAUUGACAUUUGUACCUUUGAUGUGACGAAUAACCCAUGGCGUUGUGGCGGAUUAUUCGAUGCGAUUGUGACAGACCCACCUUGCAAGUACUUCACUCUCUUCACAGACGGAGUACGAGCAGGAGCCAAACGCCUAGGCCGUAAAAAAGAGCUCGAUGCUGAUAGGCUAGCGUUAUAUCAUGAGCAUCGCAUGAAUCCUAAGCCUGACGAUUCUCCCUAUAUUCCACCUACAAGGCCGUAUGAAUUAUCAGAUCUGGCAGUAGACUUGGUUUUACUUGCACGGUACUUGCUCAAGCCAGGAGGCCGACUAGUUUUCUUUCUGCCAACAGUCACCGAUCAGUAUGAAGAAGUGGACAUUUACACGAUGCUCUGCGACGGCAUGGAGGUAAUAGCUAAUUCCCUUCAAGAUUUCGGGUCCUGGGGGCGAAGGCUUGUCACCAUCCGCAAAGUAACUUCCGAACUGUAUCCACCGCCGGAUUUCUCGAUCAGAGAUUCAGAAGGAGAGGAUGAAACACAGCGAGUUCCGGCACAUCGACAUUUUCGUGAAAAGUAUUUCCAGGGAUUUAAGAAAGCGGAGGAAGUUGAGGCAGAGAACUUAUCUCAUCUACCGUAGUAAAUUUAUCGUGGUCAUCCCAUUGUGGUCGGGAUCGGUGUUAUCUGCAAAAUGAGAAUCAGUAAAUGCGGCUAGAAUGUCGACCUUCAUAGCAGGUGUCACGGAUAGGAUUAGGUUCGUAUUUGAAUGGAAAAUA